CUCGUUGCACCUGUUGGACCUUGCAGCCCCCUACGGUCGAAGCCCCGCCUUUUCCCCCAAGAACCAGGUGUCGGGUUUUUCUGCACCUGCUUCCUCGGAGCAGUCACACCCGCCGCUAUUAAAGGACCCACGCUCCCCUCCCGGAUCUGCCCGGCGCUAGGGACCUUGGGUGGGGCCGCUGUGGGGGAGGGUGGUGCGUGGGAACUGGUGAGGCACUCUCCCUGCUCCGAAGCCUGAGUCUGGUGGGCUGCUGGCCCCUGGGCGAGCAGCCCAGUGACUUGGUGCUUCCAGGACUGGGACCUUCCUGUGUCCCGGGCCCCGCAACCCGGGCCUCCCCAGCGACCUGCGUCGGCCCUCCCCCUGUGUUGACACAAGGGGCUGGGUUUCCCAUAUCCCAGGCUGAAGCCUGAUGAAUGAGGCAAGACGGCCAGAAGAACCGCGGAAAUAAAAGCAGGAGGUCUCCGUUUCCCUGUUCUGAUUCCUCAGAAAAGGCAAGACAAAGAGGAGAAGGGUAUGGAAAUCUGGCCACCUUGGGGCAUGGGAGGGAGAGGGAGACCUGGUUUUAUUCCUCUUCUCUUUGCAGGGCUUGUCGCUGUGGUCUGCAGGAAGGGAGCCGCCUGGCUGCUGGGGCUGGAAGGAGGGGCUGCUGGUUUGCAGGGAUCAGGGGUCCACAGUCCAGAGGUUGGGUCAGGAACCUCAAAGGGGCAGCUUAAGAGGGAGACAGGACACAACAUAGAGCAGGCCUGUCCAGGAGAAAGUGGGCUGCCAGCUAGCAGGAAAUAGUGGGAUUCAGGCAGAAACCCAGACUUGGGCAGCUUGGCCAGGGAGCAGCAUAGAUCAGAGGGCAGCCCGAGACAACUCUGUGGCCCAGGGCACAGGCAGGGGCAGCCAGUCGGAGGAACGGCGGCCAGUUCGUCGGGUCCUCAAGCUAGAAGUGCUGUCAAGAUCAUGGGCCGGUUCCAUAGUAGUGGAAACUUCUGUACAGCACAUCCUCCACUGCAGCAGCCUGAGCUGGCGUGAAGGCCCGGGGAGCAGGGUCUUCAAUCCACAGAGGACACUGCCCUAGUACCCCGGCUGGGGGAGAGUGAUGCCCAGGCUUAGGGCCGGAGUGCAUUCUUCCUAGGCUGAGACAGGAGGUGCCCAAGAUGGUCAGCCAGUGAGAGCUGGUGAGUCAGCUGGGUGUUCCACUGGGCAGGCGGAUACUGAGAUAGUCAGUUGGAAUCAGUGUCUUCCAGACAGUUGAAGAGACAGCCAAAGAUAGUCACUUAGACGUGCUAUUGGCCAAGGGCAUACAGGCAGCCCACUCUGCCUUUAUUUAGGACAUUUGGGUGGUUGGAGACAGGCAGACAACCUGUUGCCUGGAGAUGGUCGGGGAGUCAGCUGGACCUUUGGCCUUCUCAGGUGGGUGGUCAGCCUGACCAAGCCUGAGCCACCUGAAGGGUCGGUUGGGGCAUCGUGUGGCCAGUGGGCUGGAGGUUGUCGUGUGGGGGGGAGAUGAGCAGCUGAUGGGUCACAGAGUUGGGGACGGUGUCAGGUGGUCAGCCUGACCAACACACAGGGCCAGUCGUGGGGUCAGUCAGAGCAUCAGAGACAGCUGGCGGGAAGGGCCGAUGGCCAGCCACUCACGGUGGUGGCUGGAGGCUGGUGGGUUGUGGGUCUGAGCAGUGCCACACAUUUGGUGGUCAGUCAUUUGGCCAGUCUGAUAGGACGGUGAGCCAAGGACAUUGCAGGGCACCAUUUGGACUUUCUCAGGGCUAUUCUGGAAGACUUGCAUGGCCACAUAGAGUCUGCCUGUCUGGAGACCCCCAGGUGGUCAGUCCCCCAGAGACGGCCAAACCCUCGGACACCCAGCCCCACGGUCCUCCCACCUGAGCGUCCCAAUGGCGGCCUCCCAGCUGGCAGCUCUGGAGGAAGUGGACUCGGGGGCCGGGGGGCUGACCCUGACCGAGGCCAGCCCUGGCUGCCUGUAUUCUGAGGGCCAGCGGCUGGCACUUGAGGCUCUGCUGAGCCAGGGUGCAGAGGCCUUCGAGGCCUGUGUGCAGCGCGAGGGGCUGCGGCCCUUCCUGAGUGGGGAUGAGCUCCGGGGCCUGGCCGCGGCAGCUGAGGACUGGACAGCAGCCAAGCAGGAGCCCGGCAGGACAGCAGAGGGAGCCACCGCCGCUGAUGGGGCCUCAGGCAGCCUGACCUACUGGCCUGGACAGUCAGAGGAGCCGGUGCCCACGCUGCGGCUGGGCUGGCCGGAGGACCUGACCUGGAAGGGUAUCACCCGGGCACGGCUGUACACCCAGCCUCCUGGCGAGGGCCACCCGCCCCUCAAGCAGCUGGUGCGCGAGGAAAUCCAGGCUGCCCGCAAGCUGGUGGCCGUGGUCAUGGACGUCUUCACUGACCCAGACCUGCUUUCGGACCUGGUGGACACCGCCACACGCCGCUGGGUGCCCGUCUACCUGCUCCUGGACCGCCAGCAGCUGCCUGCCUUCUUGACGCUGGCUCAGCAGCUGGGGGUGAACCCCUGGGCCACUGAGAACCUGGACAUCCGCGUCGUGUGGGGCUGCAGUUUCCAGAGCCGCUGGCGUCGGCACGUGAGCGGCCACGUGCGGGAGAAGUUUGUGCUGCUGGACGGCGACAAGGUCAUCUCAGGAUCCUACAGCUUCACGUGGAGCGACUCACGCCUGCACCGUGGUCUGGUGACCCUGCUCACCGGCGAGAUCGCCGACGCCUUCAGCCGCGAGUUCCGGACACUGUACGCGGCCUCCUGGCCGCUCCCGCCUGCGCCCACCCCGAGCCCCUGUGUCGGCGCCCUGGGGAAGCUGCCACUGGUCCACAGCUCACACCACGUGGCCCGCCGCCGCUCCGUGGCCCCCGUGUUGGCCCCGCUGCCUGCUGGCCCGCUGGCCCAACGUCUGGCCGCCUGCCGCGUCUCGGAGGGGGACAGGCAGGAGGCCCCGGCUGUCGUGGGGCCGGCGCUUAGCGACAUCCUGAGGAGCGUACAGCGUGCCCGGACCCCCAGCGGCCCCCCGGCCCGGCCCAGCCGCUCCCUGUGGGACCUGAGUCGCCUGUCCCAGCUGUCGGGCUCCAGUGACGGCGAUAAUGAGAUCAAGAAGUCCUGGGGCCCCAAGGACACCCCAGCCAAGGCCCUGAUGAGGCAGCGGGGUGCUGCAGGGAGCCCCUGGGGUGAAACAGACUCCCGUCCGCUGGCCUGGUCCCAGCCCUGGGGCGGCCCCCUGCCCCUCAUCUCCGCCCGCCGCCUCCACUAUCUGUCCCCGACCCGCAGGAGGUUUGGGGAGGAUGCUGCAUCCAAAUUCCCAGAACCCAGAGGCGUCCGGCAGUCAGACUGGGGCCCCUGGGCGGGGGCCAGGGGGCGACCCUGACCGGAUUGAGCUGGCCGAUCCGAGGAGAGCUGGACGACUGUCACCCUGAAGCCCCCUGCCUCACGGCUGUGCCUUGGACGAGGCUUCUGGCCUCAGGGUCUGGGAAGCGGAAGGAAUUUCUUUGCACUGUUCUAGAACUUGGGCAAGCUCUAGACCCCAGUGUCACAGUCUAGAAAACGGACACAAAGUCUAGACUAGCUGGGAUCCCAGGACGGCGCACUGUUCCUAUUCCGGCCGGGCCAGAACUUCCCAAAGGACAGGUCUGGCUGGUGGCCCCCGUGCUGGAGUCGUGUAGGGGGAAAACAGAGAGGCCCUAGGCUUCCUGCACCCACUGGACUCAGGAGCUCUGGGUCAACUGAGCGUGGCCCAGGAGAGGCGAGAACCCAGUCUGGGGAGCAGAGCUGGAUAAUGAGGACCUGGAAAUCGGUGGGGACACACCUGCUGGGGACCGUCAGGGCCAUGGAGAGGGACCCGGCAGGCGCUGUGACUGCUUUUGUGGGCACUAAGGGGUGAGUUGUUGGGGCUCCCGUUUGCCUCUGCUCAAAAUAAAGCUGCUUCAUGACAGACACCUGCAUUUCCACAGCCUAGCAGGAGAGCCAGGA